AUUUUGAUCAAUUUUUAAAUCUUUGAAAAAAGAAAUUAUAUAAUUUAUUAUUUGAGUCAAAUGUCUUUCAAUUUUUUUAGAGAAUUAGACAUUUUAAAUGAAAAAAAAAUGAUUGGACCAGAAACAUUUAACGAAUUCGCUUCAAAAAAAGUAGAAAAGUUCAUUAAAGAACCUUAGAAUUAGCAUUUAUCUGGCCAGGCUUUUUUUACAUUUUGCAUAAAUUUAGAUGAAGAAAGAUAUUUUUUAGUUGUAAAGCCUGAAUUCUUAGAAAGCACAAAAGCAAAAGAAAACUACAUUAACUCUUAUAAAACUUAUUUAAACUUAAAAGGAGAUAAUUGUUUAGUGGAUUUUGAAGAAAAGUACUGCUGCUUCAAAUACAAUUUUUUUAGGUUAAGUUAGUUUGGUAUUCCUCUGGAAGUUUACAUAUAAAGUUAGAAAAUUAGCUAAACAUUUUUGUUAAGAUUAGCUUUACUUUUGUUGAAAUCAAUUCGUAAAUGUCAUGAAAAGGCAUAUUUUGUAGAGCACAUUAAUCUAUAAACUGUUUAUAUUGACAUUAGAAAUCAAAACAUUUUGCUUAUAAACCCUAUUUAAAAGAUUCUACUUGAGCAAGAAUAAUUGAUUAAUAUGAGAAAUUCUUAAGUAAAUUAGCAUAAAAAUAUUUAAAAAUAAACCCUCAAAAAAACAGUAUUAGAUUUAAUAAAUAAAGACUCAAAAGAUUUUAUAAAAACAUUUUUAAAUGUAAUCGGUAUUAAAAGUUUACAUUUUUAAGAAAUGCUUGAGUGUAAUAUCUUAUCAUCUUUCUUUAAAAGAAACUUCUCUGGCAAGAUAACUGAUUCUAUGUAGUAUUUACUUAUAUAUCUUUACACACUAAAGUAAUAAAAGUAAUAAGCUGAUCUUCUAUAAAUUGAAUUUAUGUUAAUUAACAUACUCUACUAAGAUGUUAAGUCAAGUCAGCAAAAAUAGAUAAGAUAAUACCUUUAAAAUGCACCAAUAAAACAAAAUCACGAUAACAAAUAAGUUUUAAUUAGCUCUAAAAGUGCUCAGAAAUUAGAUAAUCAUAAAUUAAAUGAGUCUCAUUCAUUGUAAAAUAUGAGUAGCUCGAAAUAGCAAAAUAAUUUCAGCUCAUCUAAUAGUUUUCUUUAAGAUAAUAAAUAAAAUCUACAUUCGAUAUCUAAAAUUUAAUAAACUGAUAUUUAAUGCUCUUCCUCUAGCUAACAUUGCCUAACAUAACAAAAACGAAAUCUAAAAAAAUCCAAUUAAAAUUUACUAAAUAACUAAAUUAGUCCAAAGUAAAUAAAUUAAUCAACUAAGAGCUAAUAAAAACCUAAUAAUUAAUCAAAAAUUAGAUUAAGCAAUGAUUAAAAUUUUAAAGAGCAAAUAACAGCGAACCAGUAACAAAAAACUAAAUAAGAAUAAAGACAUGUAGAUUAAUAAUAACACAAUUAAUCAGCCAAUAAAUCCAGCUUUUAAAUUUAGUUUGAAUAAGAAUAAAUUUUAAGUAAUACUUUUAAUUAAUCAUAAUUUAGCAGCUGUUUAAAAGAUCAAACUAACUGGUUAAAUUCUAUUUAUAAAAUUGAUAUGUCUUAGGAUUAGGCUUAUUUCUAUUGGAGAAAAUUAGAAAAAAUAAAAGAAAAGAGUUUGUAGUAGUGGAUAUUGACUGCUUGGAUACUAUUUAAAUACUUUAAGUUUUUCAAAGAGCCACUUGAUAUAAUUCAAAAUAAGGUACUUAAAUUAAAAGGCAAUAACUGCUCUUAAAAUUACAAAGCAUAAAAUCAGGAAGAAGAAGAAAUAAAUUCAGUUGAAAUUAAAUCUUAGUCUUACAGUUUGAUAGGAAUUAUUUACUGGAAAUGGAAAAAGUAUCACUAAGCAGUUUAAGCCUUUAAUACAGCUCUAAAAAUAGAUAGCAGAAAUCAAUAUGCAUUAUAUUAUUUAGGCAAAAACAGCUUUCUUUUUGAAUCAAACUUUGUAAAAGGAAAUAAUUUCCUCCUUUAGCUACUUUAAGUUAAUCCUUACAAUCAAGAUUUAAUCAAAAAAGUUUGCAAAUUUAGAUAAAUUUAUUAACCAAAUGAUUAUUAUUGGUAUUUUUUAGCAAUAAUUGCCUAACCAAAAUGCCAUAAAAUUGUUUUAAAACUUGCUUAAUAAUGCUAUGAUAUGGGAGAUUAUAAAUUAGCUUUGUUUUUCUGUGCUAAAGGUAUCGAACUCAAUAAAAAUGAGAAAGACUUCUACUUUAUUUUAGCAUGUAUAUUUUUAGUCCAAAAUAAUAUAAAAUAGGGUUUAAAAUUCAUGAUUAAAGCACAGAAUUCCCACAAUAAAUAAACCUCUGGUCAUCUUGUUGAUCAUUACAUAGAUGUAGAUUAAGAAGAAGCAGAAAUUCAUUUUUAUAAAGAUUUAAAUAGUAUCAAAUUUCUUAAAGAUGCUGAAAAUGAAUGCACUAAUCGAUUGUAUAAUUGA